AUGGGUGAGAAUGUUGGGAUUAUUUAUGUUUGUGUUGUGUUUUUCUUGGCAUUCAAAGCAAUGGGGAAUGUUACUAGAGUUGCACCAAUGGAUCAAAUUUCAGAGAAUAAUAAGAAAGUCUUGAAUAAAACGCGACAAGAAUUCCAAUCCCGCUCUCGCCCCAUUGACUACACAUUUAAACUUCCAAUUACAACAACUUUUUGGCCAGAAGGUAACGGUUUUGCCGAUGGAGUCCUCGACCUCGGCGGGCUACAAGUGUCUUUAGUAUCAACAUUCAACAAAGUUUGGGGCGUCUAUGAUGGCGGCCAGGACGAUCAAGGAGCCUCAGUGUAUGAUCCAAAAGAUAUACCUGAAGGAUUCUCUAUGUUAGGUAGUUACAGCCAACCUAACAACAAACCUCUUUUUGGAUAUGUUCUUGUCGCAAAGGAUGUUUCUUCAAGUACCACCAAUGGCACUUUAAAGCCACCAGAUGAUUAUGCUCUUCUAUUCGAAACCUCAACCCUCUCAUCUAAUCAAGAUUCUACUUUGUAUAUUUGGCUACCAUUAUCGCCGGAUGGAUAUAAAGCAUUAGGCCAUGUUGUCACCACUACGCCAGACAAACCUCCCCUCAACAAAGUCAUGUGUGUCAGGUCAGAUCUCACUGAACAAUGUGAUUUUUUUGCAUGGAUUUGGGGAGCCAAUGAUUACAAUAUUUUCGAUGUUACACCAAGCAUUAGAGGAACUCAAGGUCAUGGCGUUCGCGUCGGCUCCUUCGUUGGCCAUUACGGGCUAGGUAAUAGUUACACUCCAUCUGUUUCAUGUUUGAAGAACCUCAAUUCCAUUUCAAAAAUCAUGCCUAAUGAGAAACAAAUCGAGGCAAUACUUCAAAUUUACUCUCCAUUUCUAUACCUACAUUCCGACGAACAAUACUUUCCUUCUUCGGUCAAUUGGUUUUUCUCCAAUGGAGCAUUACUAUACAAGAAAGGCGAUGAAUCAAAUCCUAUUCCAAUACAACAAAAUGGCACUAACCUUCCUCAGGAUCCUAACACCGAUGAUGCUUAUUGGAUAGACUUACCUGCGGAUGAUGAAAACAAAGAUAGGGUCAAACAAGGUAAUCUUGAAAGUGCAAAAUCUUAUGUACAUGUGAAACCAAUGUUUGGAGGAACAUUCACUGAUAUUGCAAUGUGGAUAUUUUACCCUUUCAAUGGUCCUGGAAGAGUAAAAGUAAAGUUUAUAAAUAUUAAACUAGGGAAAAUAGGUGAACAUGUUGGUGAUUGGGAGCAUGUAACAUUAAGGGUAAGUAAUUUGGAUGGUCAACUAUGGCAAGUGUAUUUCUCACAACAUCAUAGUGGCUCAUGGAUUGAUUCAUCUCAACUUGAGUUCCAAAAUGAUUCAACAAAAAGGCCUAUUGUUUAUGCUUCAUUGCAUGGCCAUGCAACAUAUCCACAUGAAGGUCUUGUUCUACUAGGAAAAAAUGGAAUAGGUAUGAGAGAUGAUACUGAUAAAGGUGGUAAUGUUAUGGAUAUGGGAAAAUUUGUGUUGAUUUCUGCAGAUUAUUUAGGAUCUGUUGAAGAGCCAUCAUGGUUGAAAUUUUAUAGGGAAUGGGGUCCACGUAUUGACUAUAAACUAGAUGAGGAAUUGGAAUUUCUUAAGAAGUUUUUGCUUAUUAGGAAGUUAAAAGAUGCUUUUGAAAAAAUGAUUAGGAGUUUACCAAAAGAAAUGCUUGGUGAGGAAGGACCAACUGGUCCAAAGGCAAAGAAUAGUUGGAAUGAGGAUGAAGUUUGA